CACGACUCCCGUGGAAAGCUUCGGCUUUCACCUUCUUCGCGGGCGAAAGGAAAAUUCGUGCAGAAUUAUUCCAUGCGAAAACGUUGCGCUGCUGCUGUGUGCGUGCGCCUCCGUACGUGUGGUGUGGUCCAGGGUACGGUGGUGUCAAUCAGUGAACACUUGACGGGCUUGUCCGUUGCAGCUUUCGUUUCGUUUGUUAGUUUGUUUAUAAAUAGAGUGCGUUGGAAGGGUGCAUUUGUCCAAGUUUCGCUUCCUGGUUAAAGGGGUUUCCCAUGGUUGCUUCGAUGUGGAAGUGAAAAAGCAGCAAAGUACACAAUGCAAACGAUACACAGUGACGCGUGAGACACGGUGAUGGUGAUGGUCGCUGGAAAAGCGUCAGGAUCCGAACCAUCCGAAUGGUGACAAACGUGUUGGCCCAAGCUCUAAGCAAAAAGUUUCGUGUGAAAUGGAGUAAUUGAAGCCGCGUUGGUUGCCCCCUUCGUUGGGUAAAAAGGCAAAUUGUGGAUGUAAAAAAAAUUGCAAUCCGCUAGCAGCAGCCCUAGCCACCAGGAAGGAAAACUCACCUCCCCCCCCCCGCUCCCUCGCAACAAUCGCUCGAAGGAAGGAAAAAAAAAGAACAUGGCAGAAGAUUUAUCGAUCAAUAAAAAUAAGAUUUUUACCCAACGGUACGGCAACAGUAAUAACGACAUCUGUCGGCUCUGUUUAAAAAAUGAAGCCCACAUGGAGCCACUGUUCUACGCGAACCUGUUCCCAAACAUUUUACUCACGAAAAAGAUAUACGAUUGCACCUCGAUACAGAUUAUCUACGAGCGCAACCUGCCAAUGUUUGUGUGCAAGCUGUGCGCCAACAAGCUGGACGAGUACGUGCGAUUUCGGGACCGGUGCAUCGCAAACGACGAGUUUCUGCGCAAUGCGCUGGCCGCCUUCGAUGCGAACGGCGGAGGCAACUGUCCCGGUGCGAUAAAAAUGGAACCGGAUGACACUGCCCACCCCGCCGUACCACCUCAACCGCCAGCCAGCGCCAAGUUUGCCCAAUGCCUUGCGGUAACACCGCUCGAGCUUAACUGUGCCCUGGUGGCGGCUGCUGCAGCCGCCGCCGGCAAGCGGGAACCGCCCGACAUCGAGGAGGAAGACGAGGAGCGGGGCUAUGGGCACGGGUCCGGAGCACCGUCUCCCGAUCGGUCCGCCUGUGGCCGGGCGGACGAGCUUACGGUCAAACGGUCGCACAGCGACGAACUCCACUAUCGCAGUGGCGACGAAGACGACGAACUGCUAGCGGACGAUGGGUACGACGGUGAACCCAACCAAACGCCGGCGGACCACGCCGACCAGCAGCAGUACGUGUGUGAGGUGUGCUCGAAAUCGUUCAAAAUCCGGCACCAUUUGCUGGUGCACCGGCACACGCACGUGGACAGCCACGCGCCAACGGCGGACAUGCAGCACGAACGGGCCGACUUUAACGGUGCUACGCCCGGUGCCGGUGGGGCCGGCGGCAAACCGUCGUACAGCUGCCCCAAGUGCCCGAAAGCGUUCGUCAACAAGGGCAACCUGCUGAACCAUCUCGAGACGCACACGCACGAGAAGAGCUACGCGUGUGACAUCUGCACGAAAACGUUCAAGUACAACGUGCAGCUGCGGCUGCAUAUGCGCAUCCAUACCGGCGAGCGGCCGCACAAGUGUGAGAUCUGCAAUCGCGGCUUUUCCCAGCUGUCGAACCUGCGAUCGCACCGGAAAACGCACUCCAAAGUCAAACCGUACAAAUGCCACCUUUGCCUCAAAAGCUUCACCAUGCUGGACAACCUGACCGCGCACAGCGCCAAGUGUCUGAAGGACAAGUUCCGCUGCACGCUCUGCUCGAAAUCGUUCGCGAAGGAGGGCAACCUGCUGUCCCAUCUGCAGUCGCACAGCGACGGCAUCGUGGAGAAGAUGUUCAAGUGCGAGAUGUGCCCGAAAAGCUUCAAGAACAAGGAGGACUGGAAGCGGCACGUCCGCGUGCACACGGGCGAAAAGCCGUACACGUGCGACAUCUGCUCGAAGGGGUUCGCGCAGAAGGCGAACCUGCUGUCCCACCGGAAGACACACCUCAAGCCAAACGUUACGUACAGCUGCGACCGGUGCGCCCGGACGUUCCGCUCGCAGAAGGUGCUGCAAAUGCACGUGCCAAAGUGUACCGGUGGGGCGGGACCGAUCGAGGGUGCGAGUGUGCCGCCCUCGGCACCGGUAACCCCCGUGUCCGAAUCAAUCCCGGACUCGCCCAGCCCCGGUGCGGGCGUGUCGCUGACAACGACAUCUUCUUCGGCGGUGGAGGCGGCCGCCAACAGUACACCGCCGACCCUGUCCGAAGCGCUGUCCGAUCUGUUGCGGUACGAGAUUGCACUGCGGGCACCGCUCGAGCUGCAGCAGAUGCUGCUGGGGCACAUCGACCGGAAGGGCAAACCGGCGCAGGCCGGUCCGGGUGGUAAGGCGGCCGGGCGGCGGUACCGGUGUGACGUCUGCUUCAAGGGCUACUCGCAGUACCCGUCGCUGAUCAAGCACCGCAAGCUACACUUCAAGGUACCUCCGCUGGUAAAGGUCCUGGCAGGGAAGGCGGGCCACCAUCACCAGCAGGACUACGAGGACGGGGAGAUGGAAGAGCCGAGCGACGGUCUCGUGCAGCCACCGGGGGAGCUCCACUGUCGGGGAGUUGGAGGGAUCGGUGAUGCACCACCACAACCACCACCACUACCACUACCACCACCACACCACCAACCGACUGGCGAACCGAUCGAGCGGCCGUACAGCUGUGAUAUAUGCGGCGGAAGAUUUGCGGCGGCAUCUGCCCACCCACCCGACCGCUGCCGGCAGGAGCUUCAGCUGCGACUACUGUGCGAACCGGUUCCGGUCGAGCGAGGACCUGAAGCGGCACCGCCGGUCGCACACCGGCGAGCGGCCGUACCGGUGCACCCGCUGUCCGAAGGCGUUUACGCAGCAGUCGAACCUGCGGGCCCACGCGAGGAUCCACGACCGAUAGGGGGCGCCGGUGUGCAACAGGUUGGAUCAGCCAGUGGACGAACGGUGCCAAUGGGGCCCGACGUUGGAAGCGUGCCGUUACAUCAGCCAACGGUAGCGUCGGUCGAACCGGCGUGCGUUACAUAGUGCCAGCUGUCUGUUUAAGCAUGGGAUGGAGAGCGAGCAGGAGAGAGCUGGGAGAGUAUUUUGUAGACAGGGCCGGAUAGGGUUUUGCACGGCCCAGCGACGACAGCCCUUAAGGUGCAUUAGGUUAAUGGGUAGCGCCCCCGCCCUCUGUUUCGUUCUCGUUUUCUAUUUACCGUAACCGUUAGGCCACUGUUUUUCUAUUUCCCUAUUGGAUAUGGUGUGUUUGUGUUGAGUCGAUGUGUUUUUUGCCCGAACGAUGUGCAAUUGUGAUUAUAUUAUUAUUAUAGUCAGUAGCAGAAAUAAAUGUUGUUUCGUGUAAA